UACAAAUACUACAUACUGCUAAGUACCGAAUUGGUUGAUACAUGAACAUGAAACUUAAAAGAGAAGGUACACGAAAUAAUUAAUGAAGCAAUGCAAGUUACAUUAACCUUACCCUCCUCAUAGAAAAUAUUGCAUCAACCAUUAAGCAAUGUUCCCCUGGAACCCUGCAUUAUGAACCCUCCUUUGUCCCCCAUUCACAUUUUCUCAUAUAAUAUAAAUAUAACACCCUCCUUUAUUCCAUUGUCCCACACACAAUUCAUCAAUUUCCCCUAACAAAAACAACGUAACCAUCUCUUUCUCAAUCCCUCUCCAACCAAAUAUAUAUAUAUAGCAUAGUCCUCAGAGAUUAAUUUGCUUAAUUGCAAAAUAUAUAUAUAAGUAAUGGCUUGUUCAAGUGGAAAUGGAACAAGUAGUGGUGGGUCAGGUUCACCGUGUGGGGCGUGCAAGUUUCUGAGGAGGAAGUGUGCUGCAGAUUGCAUAUUUGCACCAUACUUCUGCUCAGAACAAGGGCCUGCAAGAUUUGCAGCCAUACAUAAGGUGUUUGGUGCAAGCAACGUUUCCAAGCUCUUGCUUCAUAUUCCCGCUCAUGAUCGCUGUGAGGCUGUUGUCACCAUUGCUUAUGAGGCUCAAGCUCGUAUCAGAGACCCCGUUUAUGGUUGCGUCUCUCACAUUUUCGCAUUACAACAACAGGUAGCAUGCUUGCAGGCACAAUUGAUGCAAGUGAAGGCUCAGCUGGCACAGAAUCAAAUGGAAUCUUGUAGGAACAUAGAGAAUCAAUGGCCAGGGAAUGUUGGUGGAGCCAUCAACAACAAUAAUAACAAUCCAUUUGGUCACACCAAUUACAUGAACCCUCCUAUAUCUCCUCAGAGUUCACUUGAAUCAAUUGAUCAUCACAGCAGCAGCAUCAUUGAUGGAGUUGCAAAUAAUAAUAUGCAUGACACAAGACCAGAGGAUUUCAACUCAUUCCAACAACAACAACAACAAGCUUCUUCUAAGAGAAGAUCAUAUAACAACAACAACAACAACAAUGACCUGGGUGAGCUGCAAGAGUUGGCACUUAGGAUGAUGAGGAACUAAUUAUUAUUAGCAUUAGCCUUUCUAAUAACACUACUACCUAGUCUCAUCUUAAUUUCUUUUCUUAUCAUCCAACACUAUUGUUAUUUGAACAUAGUUAUAUCCUAUUUUGUACUAAAAUUUACCUCUUAUCUUAUAAUGAAUGGGUAUGUCUGUUCAAAAUAUAAUGAUAAUAAUUAUGUUUAUUUUUUUCUUCAA